AUGUUUCGCAAUCAGUACGACACGGAUGUCACCACGUGGAGCCCCGUCGGCCGCCUGCACCAGGUGGAGUAUGCAAUGGAGGCAGUGAAGCAGGGCAGUGCGGCGGUGGGUCUGCGCAGCACCACGCACGCGGUGCUGGCCACGCUCAAGAGAGCGGCGUCCCCCCUGGCGUCGUACCAGCGCAAGAUAUUCCGCGUGGACGACCACAUGGGCAUCGCCAUCGCUGGGCUCAAUGCGGACGGCCGCGUGCUCUGCCGCUUCAUGCGCUCCGAGUGCUUGUCUCACAAGUUUGUCUUCGAGUCGCCUCUCCCGGUGGGCCGCCUUGUCUCCAUGGUAGCAGACAAAUCUCAGGUGUGCACGCAGCGCUCGUGGCGCCGCCCGUACGGCGUGGGGCUGCUGGUGGCCGGCUUCGACCAGACCGGCCCGCACAUUUUUCAGACCUGCCCGUCGGGCAACUUCUGGGAAUUCCACGCCAUGGCAAUCGGGGCGCGUUCGCAGGCCGCCAAGACGUACCUGGAGCGCAAGUAUGAGUCGUUUGGGGCGUGUUCGCUGGACGAGCUGGUGCGACACGCGCUGCUUGCUGUGAAGGAGUCGCUGCAGGAGGGGGAGCUGAGUGGAGCCAACUGCAGUGUCUCUAUUGUGGGGGAGGGGCAAGCGUUUAGCAUUCUGACGGAUGCGCAGGUGCAGGAGCAUAUAGAUAGGAUGGAGAAUGAGGAGGGUGGGCAGGGAGGGGCGGCGAAGGAGGAAGUAGAGGUGGUGGAGGAGGUAGAGGUGGAGGAUGUGGAGGAGGAGAAGGCAGGGGAAGGAGAGGAGGGUGGUACCGGGGAGGGGUCUGAGGGUCCUGCUCCUAUGGAGGCUUGA